AUGCGAUUCUUAGUGAAAUUAGCUGCUUCAACUGUUGGAGUUUUAUGUACAACAGCAUCUGCUUAUUUACUUGUUGAUGAAAAAAAACGAUAUGGUGUUGUAUUUGCUGCAACUGUAGUUCAAUCACCAACUGAUAGUAAUAUUGAUCUAGUCAAACCAGAUCAACAAUUAAUUUCAACUCCAAUACGAUCGAAUGAACGAUGGAAUUGGAAUUGGGAUGGUCGUCAUUCUGAAAUGAGUAAAAGUCGUGUUGUUAGACAUAUUUAUCUUGUUCGACAUGGACAAUAUCUAACACGAACGAAAUUUGAAGAUCAAAAACAAUUGACUGAAUUAGGUAAUGAACAAGCUGAUUGGGCAGGUCGAGCAUUAGUUGAAUCAAAGAUUUCAUUUACUCGUUUUGUACAAUCAGGUCUUAUUCGUGCUAUUCAAACAGCAUCAAUUAUUAAUAAAUAUUUGAAAUUUAAGAAAAUUGAACAAGAUAUUGAUCUUAAUGAAGGAUUUCCAUUUCUUCCUGAACCAGCUGGAAGAUUUGCUGAUGAUGUUGCUAAAGGUCGUUUGGAAUUAGAAACCGAUCGAAUGGAAAGAGCUUUUCAUCGUUAUAUUCAUCGACCACCUCCGACUCAAACUGAAGAUUCACAUGAACUUAUUGUAUGUCAUGCUAAUGUUAUUCGUUAUUUUGUUUGUCGAGCAUUACAAAUACCAGCUGAUGCUUGGCUUCGUUUUAAUCUAUUCCAUUGUUCAAUUACUCAUCUUGUCUUUACAGCAGAUGGUCGAGUUAUUUGUUAUGGUAUUGGUGAUGUUGGACAUGUGCCACAAGAACGACGCUCUAUAAGACGACCAAGUAGAGACCAAGAACAACAACAACAACAAUCAGUAACUGCAUAA